AUGACUGUUGCUAAUUCGAGUGAGGUUUCAAACCUCGGGGAGGAAUCGCGAUGUUUCCGAGAAGAAAUGCGGCAAACCCGCGAAGGAGUUCGGGCAUUCAGAGAAGAACUUCUGGACAUAAGAACCCUUGUCAGCAAAUACGAUGCUCGUUUAGAUAAGCUCGAGAACACGGUCCAAACUAUCCUGGAAUCACAAGAGCAAUAUGGGUCUCAAGAAUUCAAAAUUGAAAUCCUAAAACUCGAGUCGACCGUCAAUCCGUCUGCAAGCCGACUUAAACGAUAG